AGGUAGCGAAGAAAGAAAAAAAAACUGGGAAGGAGAUAAGAAAAACAAAAAAAAUCCAAUGGCUUCCUUAUCCACCUCCGUUGUAGCUUCGGCUUCCUCGCGUCUAUGGCAUCCUGCUUCGAACGGGAAGAUCAGUGGUCCUUCCGCUUCGCUUUCUCUCCGCACUGGUUCGAAUCGGAGUCCAUUCUCUCUCAGCUCUUCCACCUCCGCCUCCGCUUCUUCUCAGCUGCUCCAUUGCUCCUUUCUCUCUUCCUCUCUCUCCCUAUCCUCUACGUUUUCUGGUUUGUCCAUUGCGUUUGAUGUCAGCAAUGGAACCAGUGGGAUGAAUGGCCAGAAACGCAGGGGACUCGUGGUGAGAGCUGGAAAAGCUGCUCUGUGUCAAACAAAGAGAAGCAGAUCAAGAAAAUCUCUGGCUAGGACUCACGGUUUCCGUAGGAGGAUGAGAACCACAAGUGGCAGAGCCACCAUAAAGCGCAGACGUGCCAAGGGACGCUGGAAUCUCUGUCCCAAGUCCAACCCUAGCAGCGGCAAACGAGCUUAAGUGUUUUUUUUUUCCUAUCCUCACUCACCUUUCUCUGUAAUCUUGUUUGAUAUGUUUUUUUUUUUCCUUCUUGUUAUCCGCUAGAAGAUACAAUGAGAAAGCAUGAUUCAUUGAACUCCUUUCUGCGUUCAUUUCACUUUAUUAAUCACCCAAGUCCUUGCCCUUGGUGUCAUUAGACGUUCAA